UAUUAUGGUGUCUGUAAUUAAAACUCGGCAUUCUAAAAAGAAACGAUUGUAAACCAAUCUUAUCAGAUUUGCAGCACAUGACAGGCGAUAACAGUUGUGUGAGCUCAUAAAGAGGAAGGCGGUACCAGACGCGUCUGACGUAUGUGCAUCGGUGUUACCAAAACAAAGAAGCAGAGGACUCGGAGCGGCCAUAUUAGAAAAAUAUCAUUCAGCCAGGGAGCUUCGGGCGUCCGCAGCCAUUUCCACACCUCAGACUUAGGUACCCCCAACACACACACGCGUCUCGGUAGGACACGUUUUCUGUCUCUUCUUUCUUUCCAGCCAGUUGACGGGUUAAAAUCCGUUUUGUGCUUCCUUGACAAGGAAUCCUCAAGAUGGCAGACACGGCGAAAGCGUGGAGGAGAGGGCAAAAAUGAAAGACCCCAGCCGUAGCAGCACCACACCCAGCAUCAUCAGUGAUGACCUGAUUGUCAAUGGACAGUCCCACGAUGAGGACAACCCUUUCGCUGAGUACAUGUGGAUGGAGAAUGAAGAGGAGUUUAACAGACAGAUUGAAGAGGAGCUGUGGGAGGAGGAGUUUAUUGAGCGAUGCUUUCAGGAAAUGUUGGAAGAGGAAGAAGAACAUGAGUGGUUCAUUCCAGCAAGGGACCUGCCACAGACCAUCAACCAGCUUCAGGGCCAACUCAAUGGGCUGGUCAUCGGUGACUGCAGUGUGUUGGAAAGCCUUGUGGUCCACAGUAAUUUAAACCCAAAUGCGAAAGAGUUUGUUCCUGGGGUCAAGUACUGAAUAUCAGAAAACAGGCCUCUCUUAGUGGAUGUAGCUCAACCUCCACACUGUGAAGCCAGUAUUAGAUGAUUCAUUGUGAAAGCUUCUCUUUGUCACUGUGUUACAUUUAAUGCAUUGCCAAAGUUUUCAGUUAGUCUUGCAUGCUUAAUUAAAGUGCUGAGACUGUUAUUAAAAAAAAAAAAAAAAAAGCUUUUAUUAGCAGAUAUGUCUGAUUUUGGGGUAUUAUGAGACCAGUGAGUAAGAGGCACCAGUCAAUAACUGUGGUACUUGUGCAAUCUAUGAAGCUCUUUAUAGUGUGUUGCCUUAAUGUAAAACAUUUCACUUCAACGCAUAAUGUUUGUCUUGUAUAAGUAUUUCAUAGAUGUUCAUUUAAAUGUAUGUACUUUUAUUUUAUUAGUGAAUACACCAUGCAGAUUUGUAUUGCUUAUGAAGGUAUCUCCGUAAAGAAAACCAACCUGCAAGCCCUUUGUUAUUUUUGUAUAUAUUUUUUCCCCGCAGUGGGUGGUUGUCACACAGGUGCUGCAUUCUUGUGUGGUCAGUAGGUGGAGCCAUUCUCCCCCCCCCCCCCUUUUUUUUUUAAUAUAUAUAAAAAUCAGUGCCAGAAUGCUAGAGGUUUCUUUCUUUUAUUUUUUUAACCUAUUUUAUUAUCCAAUUUAAAUUCAUUAAUCCAUGCAUAUGUUACAUACAAAACAAAUGAAUUCAUAUCAUAGUGCAUGUUUGCUGUUCUAUAGAUUCAAGCAAUGCUCAUUUGCUUUUUUUUGUGUGUGUCGGAGGGGUGAAAUAUAUAUAUAUAUAUAUAUAUAUAUAUAUAUAUUUGCUAUAUAAACACAUCAGUUUAGUUACAUACACGAUGUUAGAUUGGGGUCUGCCUGUAGUAUCUACAAGCUUUUUUUUUUUUUGCACUUGAGAUAUUACAUUUUAUGCACUUUUGCAGAAUGAAUCUACUUUGAUUUUGAACGAACUCUAUAUUUACAAGAGGUUUAGACAACAACACAACCAGCAAUAAUAGCAACUCUGAUAAACGCAAGUAUUUUGUUUUAGUUUAUAUUUACUUUUUGUGUCCUGUGUUUUGCCAAACUGCCGUUUUGACAACUGUUACAUGUAACUGGUGUGUUAUCUGAAGGACUGCUUUCUACAAACUAUUCCCUCUGCUAAAGAAUUGAAUUACAGGAUAGUCCUUGUUAAAGCAGUGUCCACCAAGUAGGUCAAUCUAAAGAGAAAAAGAUCUUUUAAUAUAAUACAUCAAUGUUGAGAGGUAGAAGUGAUUUAUUUUCUGUUUAACUUGAAUGGUGCCUCUGACUUUUUUUUUUCUUAACAAAAACACUACAUUAAAAGUCUCCAGCACAGAAAAAGGAAAAAAAAAAAAAAAUCAUAACCUGGUAGUUUUAUACUGCCACAUACAGUAUGUUGAAUGUUAAUAGUGUUAAAGAAAAAAAAAUGUAAAAAAAAAUACAUAUAUUUUUUCAAAAAUAUUUAAAAAAAAAUAAUAAAUAAAUAUUAGUGGAAUGGA